CUGCGCAGUGUGAGGCGGGAAGUGUCGCUCGGCCGUAGGGCAGGCAGCGCCCGAGGUGGGGCCCGCGGGGCGUGGCGGUCGGAAAGCUCUUGCCUUCCUACAGGCGGGAGGCGGCGGGAUGGAGCAGCUCUCGUCCCCGCUGGAGUCCGCCCGCUUCAUCGCGGGCCGCAGCCGAGACGUGUCGGUGGACGAGGAGGGGGCGAGAAAGGUGGCCGAGUCGCUGUUCGACAGAGCGUCAGAGGAGGCGUUCAGUCUGUCGGGAUGGAAGGCGCUGCACGAGCUGAACCCGCGGGCCGCCAGCGAGGAGGCGGUGAACUGGGUGUUCCUGGUGGAUACCCUCAAUUUCUCCUUCUGGUCCGACAGCGCCGAGCAGAAGUGCCUGGUGCGCUACAAGGGGAAGGAGUACAGCGGGUACUGGGCGCUCUGCGCCGCCGUCAACCGCGCGCUGGAUGACGGAAUACCCAUUACCAGUGCAUCAUACUAUGCCACCAUGACACUGGACCAGGUCAGACAGGUGUUCCGCUCCGACACAGAGGUGCCCAUGCCUCUACUUGAGGAGAGGCACCAGGUGCUGAAUGAAAGCGGAACGGUUUUGUUGGAGAAGUUUGGAGGCUCUUUCCUCACCUGUGUUAAAAAGAGUGAGAACAGCGCUCAGAAACUACUACGUCUUGUGGUGGAAAACUUUCCUUCUUACAGAGAUGAAGCUGUUUUUGAGAAAAAGAAGGUGGCUUUCUACAAACGGGCACAAAUACUUGUGGCUGAUACAUGGAGCGUAUUGGAGGGCAAGGGAGAUGGCUUUUUUGGAGACAUUUCUAGCCUGACUAUAUUUGCUGACUACAGAAUUCCUCAAGUUCUUGUUCAUUUAAAAGCCCUGAAAUAUUCUGAAGAUCUAAUGAAAAAGCUACGUGAAGGAACUGUUUUCAAGACUGGAGACAGAGAAGAGGUGGAGAUCCGUGGUUGUUCGAUUUGGUGCUGCAACCUAAUCUGCAAACACUUGCUGGAGUUCUAUGAGAAGAAGGGUCAAGACAUGCGUGAUCAGAUCAACGCAGUUUUACUUGAUUACUACCUCUGGGACUAUGCCAGGGAUCACAGGGAAGAUAUGAAAGAUAUUCCAUUUCACCAAGUACGGUGUAUAUAUUACUGAAUCCAGCAGGAUAGCUACUGUAUUGUUGUGUUUCUUUUUCAAUUACAGUUUCUUUUUUUCAUACAGUGAGUUGUCGUAUACUACUUUGGAACUUGCUAAAUCAAAUAGACGCUUUCUGAUGACAUAUGAAUAACUUGCUUGAUUUCUUUGAAUCACAUGCUGACCGAGACUGGAGUUAAUAAUGUAAAACUGCUGGAAAAUUUGUAGACUUCUAGUGAUACAGAUUUUGUUUUGCUUUGAGUUUGUGUAUGGGUAUAUACAUAUAUCUACAUAUGUUCAGUCAUGUAUGUAUAUGAACAUCCAGCAAAAUGGAACAGAAUGGUGGGGGGAAGGUUCAUCCUCUCCUGUUGUGCCACCAGCAUUCCCCUCUGAUGUCGCAGGCCAACGUAAUAAAAUAGGAUGUGUUGCUUCAGGAGCAGCCCUGUACACGCACAUGGGUACAUGCACAGUCCUUUGUUGGCAGCAGUGCCGUGCCUGCAUGUACCUUGCCAACCCUACACUGUCUUUCCUUUUAUUUGGGGAAAGCUCGCCCUACGCUCCUAAGCUUUAUUAUUAUUACUAUUAAGUGAUCGUCGCAACUCUUGUAAUAAAGCGUGCAGAGCAUAA